UGUUCUUUCCAGUGGGCACCAGUUCAGCAGGGUCACCAGUGCAGGGAACUAGUCAUGCUGCAGGCUGUAGCGAUGAGAAUGAGGUUUGCCUUGCGGGUGUCCCUGGUUGGAAUCAUAUUCCUUUGCCUGUGGAUUUGGAUGCUCAGCCACCUCUUGUCCCAGCAAACAGCACAACCUCAAGCCAUGUCACCCUCACUAUCAAUCACCAUAGACACUUUCCUCCAUGUUCAACAACUGAGGAAGAAGACUCUGCAAGAUUUCUGCCUCGAGCAUCCAGAUCUGAGCACCCUACAAACAACAGAAGUCGCGGAGGAUCUCCUCUCUACCAUGGGAGUGAACCAAAAACUCCAGAUGUUGUACUGUAAGCCAACAUCUACAGGGAGUGACCUCUGGGAGGAACUGCUAAAGCAAAUAGAGGAAAGGACAGAUGUAACAAUACAGAGCCCAGUUGUCCAUGAUGGUCCAAGAGACACACCAUCCAACCAAUUGAGUGCUUACAAUUUAACAACGCUUGAGAAGGUUUUCCGAUCCUACACCAAGGUCCUUUUCAUCAGAGACCCAUUUGAGAGGCUUGUCUCCUCUUACUUACAGAACUUUGCUGGAGAAGACACUUUUGACAAGUUUCUUGAAGAUGGCCUCACCGAUGAACCUGAAGAUGGUGACGGCUCUUGGACUCCUAUUGUGUUUCUGUGCCAUCCGUGUUUCAUUAGAUACGACUACAUCAUAAAGUAUGACUUUUUUAAUGCAGAGGUUCUUCACCUCAUAAAGAGAAUGGGUCUCCCUGAAAGUGUGUUGGCACCAGUGUUAACGGACAAUGGAUCCAAGUGGGCCUACAAGUGGCUGAAUGAGAAUUUACUCAAACAAGUGACCAUAGAACAUAUUGAACAAAUUAUUGAGCUUUAUACUUGGGAUUUUGAGGCAUUUCCUUUCAAAACAUUCCUUCUGAAGGAUCAACUCAGUGACGUUUAGAGGAUAAUGUUUGUUUGAUGGGCCACUGAAGGUUUAUUUUUGAAAGCUUUUUUGGUUUAGGCCUCAAUUUAGUUCCAAGAAUAUCGUGGGCACCAAUGAAAUGUUGACCUGAAAUGUCUUCCCAGUACCAGCAAACUUCACUCUAGCUGGUACUUAGUCUCUAGGGGACACAGAGAUGACUGGGAACCCCAUUGUGAAGAGCCAGUCCUACAGUUUGGGCACCACUGUUAUAGACUAAUAUGGAUCAUGGUUGCUUUCCAUAACAAGGUUUUGUGUUCUACUGGGAGUUCUAUUAAAACCAGUAAAACCAGUUAAAUGUGUUUACCUGUCAUGGUUGGCACAAUUCCAAGAUGUCCCCCUGUUGCCUGGACUGUAGGGUUGUCUCUUGAAAAUAUUUUGGCAGCAAGUACAAUUCACUCUCUUUCCCCUUCACUAUUAAAUAAACUUUUACUACGACGUAGAGUUA